GCGUGCUCUGUGGACCGGGUUUCGCUUCCGGUGACCCCCUCCCUCCCGCCCGGUGGCGCCAGGAUCAAGGUCCACAGGGAGUCGCGAUGCUCCUGCGCUCGGUCGUGGAGACGUUGCCCUGGCGCAAUAUGGUUCACUCACCCAGGAUAAUGGCGCCUGGGGGCCUGUGGGCCAGUGGCCUGGUGCGGCCCCUUGCACCGGGCCGGAUGCAAGGCCGCUUCAUGGCCCACCAGAGCUCGCUGUCCCAUCUACCGGUGCCACCACUCGUGGACACGUUGACUCGCUAUGCAGACGUGGUGGCUCCGCUCGCCGGAGAAGACUCUACACAGAUGGAACAUACCCGUCGCUUGCUGCGGGAGUUUGCGCAGCCAGGAGGAGUGGGAGAGGUGCUGCAGGCCGGGCUGGAGCGUCGUGCUCGUGAGCGCGAAAACUGGCUCUCGGACUGGUGGCUGCUGACGGCCUAUCUGGAAUACCGUCUGCCUGUCGUGGUGCAUUCGAGUCCGGGGGUGGUGCUGCCCCAUCAGCCCUAUCGCGAUGCACAUGGACAGCUCUGGUUUGCUGCGCAGCUGAUUGCCGGGGUGCUCGACUACAAGGCAAUGGUUGACAACGAGUCUCUGCCAGUGGAGCACCUGGGAGGUCGCCCGCUCUGCAUGGACCAAUACUAUCGGCUCUUCUCAUCGUGCCGCGUGCCGGGCCUCCCGCGUGACUCGGUGCGCAACGUUGCGCGUGACGCCUAUCCGCCGAAACACAUUACCGUGGCCAGCAAUGCUCACUUUUACCACAUGGAAGUGUAUGGAGCCGAUGGCAAAGUGCUGGAUGUGGAAAAUCUGUAUGAACAGCUGAAGAACAUUCGUACCCACUCCCUGGGCCUUGCCCCUGGGGUCGUGGGGCUGCUCACUGCCCAAGACCGGGACAGCUGGGCCAAGAUCUACCAAGUGCUCACUGCAGACGAGAAGCACCGGGGCAGCGUGGACGCGGUAGAACGCAGUGCAUUCGCCUUGUGCCUGGACGGGCCCGGCCAGCGCCCCGAGUGGGACAUGAGCCUCGCUGCGGCACAGAUGUUGCAUGGAGGCGGCAGCGCGCUGCACAGUGCCAACCGCUGGUUUGACAAGACCUUGCAGUUCAUAGUUGGAGAUGGCGGCACAUGCGGCCUCAUAUAUGAGCACGCGCCGGCCGAGGGCCCGCCCAUCGUCGCGCUCGUCGACCAUGUGGUGGCCUACUGCGAGAAAUCCAGGCAGCAAACGGCACCCACAACCUCGCAGGGAGCCCCGGUGCACGGAGCGGAGCCACGGCACCUGCAGUUCUCCCUGAGCCCUGAGCUACUCGCGCUUGCAGCUGAGGCCAAAGUCGGCCUGGACCAGCUGGUUGCAAACUUGGAAGUAGAGUGCUUUGUGUUCAAGAAUUUUGGCAAAGGCUUCCCAAAGUCACAGAAACUCAGCCCGGAUGCUUUCAUACAAAUAGGGCUGCAGCUUGCUUACUACAGGUUGUAUGCACAGCCCUGUGCCACCUAUGAGAGUGCCUCGCUGCGGAUGUUUCGCCUGGGACGCACGGAAACGAUUCGUUCGACCUCACGCCACUCGCUCGCCUUCUCACGAGCCAUGGGAGACCCCAACUGUGACAGGCAGACCAAAGUACAGCUCAUGAAAAAAGCAAUCCAGGCUCACCGUGAAUACACAACCCGGGCUAUUACAGGGCAAGGCGUGGACCGGCAUCUGCUGGGGCUGAAGCUGCAGGCACUGGAGGAAGGGGUCCCACUGCCCGAGAUUUACUCGGACCCUACCUACCAGGCAGCCAUGCAUUACCGCCUCUCCACGAGCCAGGUUCCGGCCAGGACAGAUUGCGUCAUGUGCUUUGGGCCAGUGGUUGAGGACGGCUAUGGUGUUUGCUACAACCCCAUGGAGAACCACAUCAACCUGGCAGUGUCUGCCUUCCGUUCCUGCCCAGACACCUCUGCAGCCCGUCUGGCCCAGGCUCUGCAUCAAGCCCUACUGGAUAUGCAAGAGCUGGCACUAAACAGCCCAGUCUCUAAGCUUUGAGCGAAUACUCUAAGAUUUAAACCGUGCAUCUCUGCAAGUGUGAGUGUUGCCUUAGCAUGGAGAUGGAAAACGUUUGUUGUUAGUGGUGAUGAAAACCAUCCACAACCAUUUUAAAACAUUGUUCAAUUUAUAAGGAAAUCCGUUUUCAGCCUGUGGAAUUGUGUGCCGGUUAAAAUCAAUGCAAGCCAUCGACUCAUCUUCGUCAGAUACUGUUUACAGCGGUAGUGCAAUCUGAACUACCAAUCGCUGCCUUGGCCACAGUGGCCCCACCAGCAUAGCCACCACCACUCAUCCUAGUGGAAGCUGUGCGGUGGCCACAUUCGUACCGAGUAAUUAGCCUGCUGCUGCGUCGUAUGUCACUGACAUCUGAACACCACUACAGAUUUAGAUAUUGGACAUUCAUCAUUGCCAGCCAUUCUUAAUGGAGUAUAACACUCACGGGUCACAUGGUUGUUUUAAAUGAUUGGUCGUGUCUGUGGAAUUGCAAUCAAUUCUAAGGAAAAAACGAUUUCAAAUUUAUGCGAACUAAAUAAUUACUAUCUUGAUUUGAAGCUUUCGUGACUGCAGGAAUCCAUACUCUUUGGUUCUUUCGAUAAAGUCACGUAGGUAGAAAAAAUAAUAGAUCACGAUGUUUCGAUCGCCACACAAGACGAUUGCUUGUGUGGCGAUCCAAACGUCGUGAUCUAUCGCCACACAAGACGAUUGCUUGUGUGGCGAUCCAAACGUCGUGAUCUAUUAUUUUUUCUACCUACGUGACUUUAUCGAAAGAAGCAAAUAGUAUAAAUAAUUACUGACAUUGAUUUGUGUAAAAUGUACCUUUUUGAGUAUUUAAUUUGGAGCUAUCGUUUGCUAUUGGAACAUGUUAUGUCUGAUUGUAUUUAGUAACUUGGCUUUGAAGUUUGAAAAUAAAACUGCCUGCAUUGGUCGUUAAGCGUG